AUGACGCCAAUCCAGGUAUUGCUGCUGACGCAAUUCGUAUGGUGUUCGACCGCGGCUCCGCAGCAGCCGGAGAUCAACGAUCAAUUCCAAACGACAACGGACGACACGCACACAGAGACACCGGCAAACACCGCCACAGCGUCCCUGAAUCAAACAACAAUAUCAAAAGACGUCGAAAUGCAUGCGAUCCGCAAACUGUACAACGUGCUUACCGUCCAGUUCACGAGGGUGGUGGCGGCGGCCAAAGUGCAAGCGGUGCUGAGGAACAUAGGCACGUGCGUGGUCAACGGCGCCAUGGAGCUGGUAUCGUUCUACUUCCCCGCGCCGGUUAUUCCCCUGAUAGCGUCCGCCGCCGGUAUGCUAAUACCGUUCGAGCCGGUGGUGAUGCUGAGGCGGCAGAUGCCCGUCACUAGCUACAGGCGCGCAAUCAGCUCGGCCGUCAACGGCUUUCUGAACACCUUUGACGGCUACAAAUUGUACGACGAAGACCCUUACAUGACGAGGCGGUUCAACAGGCGAUUCAUGGGCGCCUCCGACGAGAAACGGACC